GAGGCCGGGGGAGGGCGGGGCCGGCAGGGGGAUCUGCUGCUGGAAGAGCAGCGGCCCGAGCGGGGGUCAUGGCGAAGCUGCUGAGCUGCGUCCUAGGCCCCCGGCUCUACAAAAUCUACCGGGAAAGGGACUCGGAAAGGGCCCCGUCCGGCGUCCCUGAGACUCCAACUUCAGUCACUACCCCCACUUCCAGCUCCUGGGAAACGUACUAUCAGCCCCGUGCCCUGGAGAAACAUGCCGACAGCAUCCUGGCGCUGGCUUCAGUCUUCUGGUCCAUCUCUUAUUACUCCUCUCCCUUCGCCUUCUUCUACUUAUACAGGAAAGGUUACUUGAGUUUGUCCAAAGUGGUGCCGUUUUCUCACUAUGCUGGGACAUUGCUACUGCUGCUGGCAGGCGUGGCCUGCCUCCGAGGCAUUGGCCGCUGGACCAACCCCCAGUACCGGCAGUUCAUCACCAUCUUGGAGGCAACACAUAGGAACCAGUCUGCAGAAAACAAGAGGCAGCUCGCCAACUACAACUUUGACUUCAGGAGCUGGCCAGUCGACUUCCACUGGGAAGAACCCAGCAGCCGGAAGGAGUCCCGAGGGGGCCCUUCCCGCCGGGGUGUGGCCUUGCUUCGCCCAGAGCCCCUGCACCGGGGGACAGCAGACACCCUCCUCAACCGAGUCAAGAAGCUGCCUUGUCAGAUCACCAGCUACCUGGUGGCGCACACCCUGGGGCGCCGGAUGUUGUAUCCGGGCUCUGUGUACCUGCUCCAGAAGGCCCUCAUGCCUGUGCUGCUGCAGGGCCAGGCCCGGCUGGUGGAAGAGUGUAACGGGCGCCGGGCAAAGCUGCUGGCCUGUGAUGGCAACGAGAUUGACACCAUGUUUGUGGACCGGCGGGGGACCGCUGAGCCCCAGGGACAGAAGCUGGUCAUCUGCUGUGAGGGGAACGCGGGCUUCUAUGAGGUGGGCUGUGUCUCCACGCCUCUGGAAGCUGGAUAUUCAGUCCUGGGCUGGAAUCAUCCAGGCUUUGCUGGAAGCACGGGUGUGCCGUUCCCACAGAAUGAGGCCAAUGCCAUGGAUGUGGUGGUCCAGUUUGCCAUCCACCGCCUGGGCUUCCAGCCCCAGGACAUCAUCAUCUAUGCCUGGUCCAUCGGUGGCUUCACUGCCACGUGGGCAGCCAUGUCCUACCCAGACAUUAGUGCCGUGAUCCUGGAUGCCUCCUUUGACGACCUGGUGCCCUUGGCCUUGAAGGUCAUGCCAGACAGCUGGAGGGGCCUGGUGACCAGGACCGUGAGGCAGCAUCUCAAUCUAAACAACGCAGAGCAGCUGUGCAGGUACCAGGGCCCUGUGCUGCUGAUCCGAAGAACCAAGGAUGAAAUCAUCACCACCACGGUUCCUGAGGACAUCAUGUCCAACCGAGGCAAUGACCUCCUGCUGAAGCUUCUGCAGCAUCGGUAUCCUCGUGUGAUGGCAGAUGAGGGUCUUCGAGUGGUGAGGCAGUGGCUGGAGGCCUCCUCACAGCUGGAGGAAGCUUCAAUUUACAGCCGAUGGGAAGUGGAGGAGGAUUGGUGUCUGUCUGUCCUCCGCUCCUACCAGGCAGAACAUGGGCCUGACUUCCCCUGGAGUGUGGGGGAGGACAUGAGUGCAGAUGGAAGGCGGCAGCUGGCUUUGUUUCUGGCUCAGAAGCAUCUGCAGAACUUUGAGGCCUCACACUGCACCCCAUUCCCAGCCCAGAACUUCCAGAUGCCCUGGCACCUCUAGGGACCACACUGGGACUCAUUCUGGAAGAAUGGGAUGCGAGGAGACAUGAGGAAGGACCCUCUUAUUUGUGAUUUUCUGUGUUCCAUGUUGCUGUUUAUAGUUUGUGGAAAGUGGGGGACCAUCCCCCUUCUCACUGUUCCUUUUGCACGUUUCCCCUCAUCCAUCCAGCAAUACCUAACCUUCCCCGACACACAUCCUGCAUUAAAUGAAUGGAUUAUUCCUAAUAAUUAAUAAAAAGGUAUUUUUUCUA